CUGACGGACGGCCCAAGCCAGAGGCGCUGAUACGGAAGUGCAGAAGCACGUAGCCCUGCGUACUUCCGUUCCGGUGCUGAACGAGGCUCCUUCUGGACCUGAAGGUUCCUUCGCACGCAACAACUUUUAGCACGUAAACUGGGAUGGGGAAAUACCUGAUGACGCAAGCCUGCAGAUUCAUCGCGGCAACGUGCCUGCUCGGCGGUCUCACGUGCACAUCUGUGUUUUAUCGUUAUUUUCCCUCUGUCUGGUCUGUGCACAAGAAUUACUUCGUGUCGGAAGACGCCGACUUGAAGAAGGUUCGCAAGCGCUGGAACGUGGUCGGCAAGACGAGCGCUCCUGGGAUUCUCAGUGUCAUCGCACUUGUUUCGGAGAUGCGAGCCGCAUUCAACACUGGAUGUACUCUGUCCAUCAAAAGCCGACGCGCGAACCUUGAGGCUUUGUUGAGCAUGGUGGCUGAAAACGAACGUGUGAUCCUAGACGCAGUGUGGGAAGACCUACGUCGACCUUCUGGUGAAACCUUGUACUACGACUUCUUGCUCGUGCAAAGCGAACUGCGCAAGCUCAUUAAACAUAUAUAUCGUUGGACUGUCCCCGAGAGGGUCGGGGCAUUUUCGCUGCUCACUUUCCCAAGUUCUCAAUGGAUCGAAAAGGAACCUUAUGGGCUUGUUCUGAUCGUUGGACCUUUCAACUAUCCUUUCUUACUUACAAGUGGGGUUAUCGCUGGUGCUAUUGCUGCUGGAAACAAUGUCAUCCUCAAACCAAGCACGGAUGCCCCGAUUUCAUCUCGUCUACUGACUGAUCUUCUCGUGCGUUAUGUUGACCCGAGGUUGGUUACCGUGGUGGGACCAAACAUACCGGGUGACGGAGUCGACGUGAUGUCGGCGUUACUUGCAGAAAAGUUUGAUUUCAUUUUCUUCACAGGAUCGACGAGGGUGGGGUCAAUCAUCGCACAGCGUGCUGCCGAGAAUUUGACCCCAUGCGCCCUCGAACUCGGGGGUAAGAAUCCAGUAUUUGUCACCCAGACUUCAGAUAUUUCAAUAGCUGCAAAGCAGUGCAUCUGGGGCCGUAACCUCAACUCUGGCCAGCAGUGCAUCGCGCCAGAAUAUGUAGUUUGUCAUGAAUCAGUGCUUCACCAGUUUACUAUGGAGUUGCAGCAUUGGAUCGAUGUGCUAAUACAUAAAGCCGAUGCUGAGGGCACGAGCUGCCGGGGGCGUGAAGGUGGUAGCACGAGUGAACGCCGUCUUUUGAAUCGAGUCACGAGUUUUUUAGGGAAGGUGGGUACUCGGGGUGAAAAUUUUGUCUGUGGGGAUGGGUCUCAAAGUGCCAAUGGAGUUGAGCCUACUGUCGUUGUUUGCGGUUGGGACUCGGAUCUUAUGGUUGAAGAGAUGUUCUGCCCUAUUCUUUGUGUAAUUCCCUAUGAUGACUUGCGAACAGCAGUUGCACACGUCCGCACUCGCCCAAAGCCGUUGUCUCUAUACAUCUUCUCUACAAGUCGCACUGAACAGCGGAUCAUCUUAGACAACACGACAGCGGGGGGUGUCACGAUAAACGGGGUGGUAUACCACGCGGGCCACGCGGCGCUGCCUUUUGGUGGGGUAGGAGAGAGUGGUGUCGGUUCAUAUCAUGGCGAGCACUCCAUUACCUGUUUCCAGAAUAGAAAGCCAGUUUUGCAAAAAUGGCGAGGUAUUGGUGAUCAAGGACUGCUGACUGAUCCAUUUUUUGUGUAUGGCCCACAUAAGGGAAUAAAAUUGAAUCUUCUGCGCGCGGUUGGAAUGCUCUCUUAACUUUCAUUUCAUGUAGCGAUGAUGGCAUGCAUUGUUCAACUUGUCACUGUGGCGACACAGUCAAGUGCGGAAAUGGAAUUCGAUAAAUGGGUCCGAACGUUGGUGUUUAUGAUAUUUUUUACUUAGCGGUAGCGAGCACAGGGAUUUGAAAGAAACGAAUUUGCAACGAU